AUGACUGUUUUGUUGGAUAUAGCAGUACAUCACACCUGCCAGAAUAAUCUCAGAAACUUUUAUAGUAAUAAAUUGUCGACCGCCUUUUUCAAAGAAACAUCUCUGAGCGGUUGGCAAUUGAUUCGCAAAGCUGGAAACUUGGAAACCAUCUUUAAAUUCCAUAGGACGGCUAAGCUCGAGCCGGGUGCAAGUGUCACCGUUUGGUCAUCUGACAUCGGCGUGACUCACGAGCCACCCACCAAUUUGGUGAUGAAGAGCCAGAAAUGGUUUGUUGCCGAUAACAUGACCACUUUGUUGCUGAACAACGAUGGAGAAGAAAUGGCCAAUUCUGAGCGAAAAAAACAACAAAUGUCCACAUCUGUGUCACGACACAGGGAAAGUUUCUUGAGAUUACCUGAAGAGCUUCAUCAUCAGCAGGGAGAUCCUAGGAGUGAUGAACGCUGCUGCCUUAUGUGAAUUGAAUGAAGAUAAAUAUUUAAGAAGAAAUACUAAUAUUUACAGAAAAAAAAUAUUUUUCCUAAUUAAGCUUAAUAAGUAAAGGCAUUUUACGCUAUAUGAAGUCGUUUCUAAGUAGGACGCAAGAAUUUAAUUAUCGUUAGAAAAAAUUGUAGAAUUCAUCUUCGUCACUUUUCAUUUGAAAAGUGAACGUAAUUUGUUUUGUUUUUUUUUUUUCAACUUGUCGAUCCAUACUUAAAAUCGAUGCCAAA